UCACAAGACGUUCAUUAGAAGUCACUGACAUUAGUUUAUUGGUUGUCUUUUGCUUGACAGGUCAAUAUCACUACUUUCAUUAUUUGAUUAAUUUGCCUCAUCUCUACUCUUCCUUUUAUUUAAAGUUACUAAGUGAUAAUAAAGCUGCAAAUAAAGAAAAACGAAACAGAAAAACUUUAUAAGAUACUAUCAUGAAUAAAUAUAGCACCCCUGAUAAAAGAUCUGACCACAAACUACAGCACAAAAGCAUGCACCAAGAUAUCUUUAACACUUGAAACAUCCUCCAACAAAAGUUCCUUCUGCUUUUUACUGGCUAAAACACAAGCUAUGCAAAGCCCCCUGGUGAAACUACAUCACUUUGUCAGUCCUGUGGUUGACUGAUAAGUGCCUUCAACUCUCACCUUAGUGGUAGAUUGCAUGCUGUCUUGUUCCCUGAAGGGAUGUUUCCUUUUGCAUUAGGAUACAUUGAUCUACAAUGGUGAAAUGCAUUGCAUUUUCAGUGUCUUGUGUUCUCAUACGUUGUGGUCAUGGCCUAGUUAUUACUGCAGCUUGUGCUAAGAACAUGUGAGAACUGUUUGCAUUUGAAGUAAUAGAUCUAUAGUUAGUGUACUUCUGUGAAUCUUGCAAUGCUUAUAAACACAUGCAACUAUCAAACACAGUUGAAAGAUCUACAGUAUGCCUUCGACACAUUAACACUGAGGCACAGUUAUUUAUAAAUAUAUACUAUGCAAGUUAUGCUCUGUAAGCCUCUAAACAUUGGCUUUCACAUCUUUGGUGAUGCGGCACUUCCUCUAAAUAGUUACAGGAAACAGAGCCGAGAGCCUGCUAUUCUGCGUCAACAAUGUCAUCGCACUCAGUCUUUGACCAACUAGCCACAAGCAAGACAAGCGCCUUGAAACAGUAUAAUUCAAAAACUAUUACCAAAGAUAAAUUCUAAAGCACAGUGGCAAGAAGCAUCUGCAACUAGAGAACAGCAAAUUCCCACUUUACUGGAAAGACAAUCAUUCCAGUAACAAUGAAUCUGCCGACUAAGUCAGAGGUGAUGGGAUGGAACUCUGGAAACUUGGCUGACUAUCUCAAAAGAAUGAAACUAGUGGGGUGUGACCGAACAGUGAAGAAAAGCAAUAUGAGUGGUGCAAGAUUCUUGAAUAUGACUGAUAAGGAUCUUAAAAUGUUUCCCACGCCACAUAUUCCAUUUAUCACAAAAAUCUGCAAAGACAUUAACCAGAACAACAAAGAAAAGAAGAGCCUAUUUCACAGAUCAGAUCAUAGGAAGCCUCCAAACCAAGUAGAACCUACUUCAGGAGGUUGGGAUUCUGAUGAAUUCGACCAAGAGGAUAGUGACAACGACUAUGAGGAGCCAGAUAAUAAUGAGUUUGAAGACAAUUACAUAUGUGCAGCCUCAGGUGACCCUGCAGAAAAUGUAAACUCUGAUGAUGACUACGAAGCACCUCCUAGUGAAAUACCAUCAGAAAUACCAACUCACUUUCGGGCUGCCAAGCCUAUGGGUGACGGUGAUUAUAUAGACACCUGCCCACGUGGUUCUGCAAGACCACCACAGGACAACAGUUCAGGUCGGCUUCCCAGAGGGCUUUUAAAUAUCUCAAAGCCUCCAUCACGACCAGAUCCUUCUCCACAGAGGCCUUUCAUUCCCCCAAAUCAAGCCAAACCUACACCAGCAGUGCCAACAGUAGAUCGCAGUAAGAAACCUGGCUCAUCUAAAAAACAAACUGAGAAACCAGCACCUAAAAAAACCAUAACAAUGGCUACAAAACCAGCAACAUUACCUACACAAAGAUUUAACAUGCAACAGAUGGAUGACUUUCCUCCUCCACCUGUAGAAGUAAAUGAGAAGAUGGAGCAGAUAUGCUCUCAGGACAUGGAUCCUCAAUGGUAUGUGGGGCAAAUAUCACGAGGAGAGGCCGAAGUCUCACUAAGAAAAGUGAAAAAGGAUGGUACUUUUUUAGUGAGAGACAGCUCAAAGGGCUGUGAGGAACAACCAUACACACUAAUGGUACUGCACCAGCAAAAAGUGUACAACAUCCAGAUCCGUUUCCUUGGAAACAAGGAUGGAUAUUCCCUAGGAACAGGACUAAAUGGCAUCGAGAAUUACUCCAGUGUUGCGGAGAUGAUCAUGCACCACAUGAAAAACCCACUGUUUCUGAUUGAUGGACUGGACCGUGGAGCUGGAGCUCAGAAUCAGUGCUGUCUCAUGCACCCAGCUGGUUACUGACCCACACAGAAGAAAAGCAAUGAACAUUAUGAUACAGAACUUUUAUGAAAUGUAAUGUUGUCAUUCAGUAAGUUUAUUUAAUCACUCAACUCUCAUAAAAAACUAAAUUAAUAAAUUAUAUUGAGAAUGAUUUAAUCAGACAGAACUGUCUACACUUUUUACAUUUAAAAUAAAUUUUUAAACAGA